GAGAGCUGAGGGCGGGAGGCGCCACGGCCUCGCAGACGCAGGCGCCAGCAGCCGGAGAGAAAGUUCCCGGGGAGAGCUCAUCCCCGGAGGGCCGACGUCGAGGCUGCUCCUGGCGAGGGUCGUAGGUCCCACGCGUCCCGCCUGCCUUCCCCCUGAGCGCCCUGGGCCGCCUGGGCUCGGCGUGCUGGGAAGCCGGGAGCGCUGCUGGCCAGCGGCCGCCGCCAAACUUGGUGGGGGAGGAUGCUGCGAGUGGGAGCUGCGGAGCGGGGCGCGGGGGCGCCCUGAGUGCUCCCCCGGGCGCCCGCGGCCACUGCUACCAGGGCUGCGGCCGGGCGAGGGCGCCGAGGCUGAGCGGACAGGUAGCGGUACCAGUGCCGGGACUGCGCCAGCCCUGUGAGCCAGGGCCGCCAGCGCCACCGUGCCGGCGUCGCCUCCUCGCCACGGAGCCAUGGUGCGCGGAGCGCGCACGCCGAGCGCGGGACUCUGAGCUCCGGCCGCGCCGCGCGGCCCCACCUCCACCCUCCCCUCCCGGCUUCCCCGCCGACCUCGCCCGCGGGCCAUGAAGCUGUGGCCCGGAGGCCCUCGCCUCUGAGGCUCGCGCAGCCCGCUCUAGUCCACGCCGCUCAGCCACAGAUAGCACCUUGGCCGCUGGAGCUCCCCAUCGUCUCCCAGAGACAGCACCCAGGCGCUCCGGGAUGGCGCUUCGCGGGCCCCUCGGGCCGCGCAAAGUUCGCAGGAGGCGAGAGAUGCUGUCACAGCAAGUUGGCUUCGUGUGCGCGGUGCUGGCUCUGGUCUGCUGUGCAUCUCGUUUCUUUGGCAGCUGGGGGCACAAAACGGCUUCUGCUAGCAAACAUAUUCUGCAAGACACAUGGAGAAAUAGAAGGCUGAUGGCACCAGUGAAUGGGACUCAAACCGCUAAGAAUUGCACAGACCCGGCGAUUCACGAGUUCCCCACUGACCUGUUCUCCAAUGAGGAGCGACAGCACGGAGCCGUCCUGCUGCACGUCCUCGGUGCUCUGUACAUGUUCUAUGCCUUGGCCAUCGUGUGCGAUGACUUCUUUGUUCCGUCUCUAGAGAAGAUUUGCGAGAAACUCCAUCUGAGCGAAGACGUGGCUGGAGCCACCUUCAUGGCUGCCGGAAGCUCGACACCAGAACUCUUUGCCUCUGUUAUUGGCGUGUUCAUCACCCACGGAGACGUCGGGGUGGGGACCAUCGUGGGCUCUGCUGUGUUCAACAUCCUGUGUAUAAUUGGAGUUUGUGGAUUAUUUGCGGGACAGGUGGUGCAUCUGACGUGGUGGGCCGUGUGCCGCGACUCUGUGUACUACACCCUCUCUGUCAUCGUGCUCAUUGCUUUCAUAUAUGAUGAGGAGAUUGUAUGGUGGGAAGGCCUGGUGCUCAUCAUCUUGUACGUGUUUUACAUUCUGAUCAUGAAGUACAAUGUGAAGAUGCAGGCCUUUUUCACAGUCAGACAAAAGACCAUUGCGAAUGGCAACACGGUGAACAGUGAGCUGGAGGAUGGUAAUGACUGCUGUGAUAAUAGCUCUGAUGACCCCUCCGUGCCGUUGCUGGGGCAAGUGAAGGAGGAGCCGCAGUACAGCAAAAACCCAGUGGUGAUGGUGGACGAGGUCAUGAGCUCCAGCCCUCCCAAGUUCAACUUCCCGGAGGCGGGCUUGCGUAUAAUGAUCACCAACAAGUUUGGGCCCAGGACUCGACUGCGGAUGGCCAGCAGGAUCAUAAUUAACGAGAGGCAGAGGCUGAUCAACUCGGCCAACGGUGUGAGCAGCAAGCCGCUUCAAAAUGGGAGACACGAGAGCAUGGAGAACGGGAACGUUCCCGUGGAGAACCCCGAAGAGCCGCAGCGGGAGCAGGAGCAGCAGCCGCCCCCGCCCCCGGAGCCAGAGCCGGUGGAGGCCGCCUUCCUGUCCCCCUUCUCCGUGCCCGAGGCCAGAGGGGACAAAGCCAAAUGGGUGUUCACCUGGCCACUCAUCUUCCUCCUGUGCAUCACCAUCCCCAACUGCAGCAAGCCCCGCUGGGAGAAGUUCUUCAUGCUGACCUUCGUCAUUGCCACGCUGUGGAUCGCUGUUUUCUCCUACCUGAUGGUGUGGCUGGUGACUAUUAUUGGAUACACCCUCGGGAUCCCUGAUGUUAUCAUGGGCAUUACUUUCCUUGCAGCAGGCACGAGCGUUCCAGACUGCAUGGCCAGCUUAAUCGUGGCGAGACAAGGCCUUGGUGACAUGGCGGUCUCUAACACCAUAGGAAGCAACGUGUUUGACAUCCUUGUGGGACUCGGCAUACCGUGGGGGCUACAAACCAUGGUUAUUAGUUACGGAUCCACAGUAAAGAUCAACAGUCGGGGUCUGGUCUACUCCGUGGUGUUGCUGCUGGGCUCCGUUGCUCUCACUGUCCUCGGCAUCCAUCUGAACAAGUGGAGGCUGGACCGGAAGCUAGGGGUCUACGUGCUGGUCCUCUACGCCGUCUUCCUGUGCUUCUCCAUCAUGAUAGAGUUUAACGUCUUCACCUUCGUCAACUUGCCAAUGUGCCGAGAAGACGAUUAAAGCGGAGCCGCUGCCCCCUUCCUGGAAGCUGCUCUGGGCUGGCGUCCUCCUUUCCCUCCCCACCCCCCCGACACGAGUCUCUCCUGCAUCAGCAGCCACCGUCUGUUCUUUCAUCCACAGGAAGGAAGAGCCCUUAUGGUCUUUGUCUGGCCACGGGCCAGGCUGCUGGGCAUCCUCCUCCUCCUCCUCGGAGUUCUGGCCCCCCAACAGGCAAGAUUCGGGGGCCACUGUUGGAGCAGCUUCGCAGACCUCUGAGCUGCCAGCCAUAGCGCUGUGGCAUGUGUCUCCUCUCUUGGACACUUGGGUCAGAAGGACUUCUGUGCGCGGGUUGCCUCUCUGUUGCACGGCAGCCUUGGAAAUGAGGUGGUCGGUGAACACAAGGUCUCCUGGGGUGAGUGCAAACUAGAAAUGUCCUCAGGGGCCCCCUCUGGGCCGGAGGGGGCUCUACUGAGAGCCUCUGAAUCCUGCCGGAAGCAUCUCAGCUCGGAGGGCGCAAGGCUCGAUCGACCUGUUGGGAAUUGGAGGCGAUGAUAGCAAAUGCUCCACCCCUUUUUCUAGAAAAUUUGGAAGACUGGAAACAGUUGUUCACAGCAAAAGAGAGACAGUGAGUGACUCUCUUACCAUGUGUAUGGAGGCAAUCAGAGAAUGAGCAAUGAAACAUUCAACAUCAAAUGUCAGCUCUAGAUCAUCAUACUUGAAAACAUAUCAUUCCAUGCAGAGGACCUGGAUGGGAACAAAAACGGGAACGCUUAAUGGAAAAUGGGUCCUGUGUGUGUCACGUUGCGUUGACACUAAGAUGACUGGUUUGGAACAUAAGAGGGAAAGACUAACAUCUCAACAGGUGCUAACUCAGAGACACGCUGGAGACUGUCGUUUACAGCCAUUCAUUCCAGACCUCCUGUGGGAUGUGACGCGCUGUCUGUUUGGGUUUGUCAUUUCUUUGCUCAUGCUCUGCUCUCCAAACCGCCCUGUUCAAAGACCCAAUUGUUUAUAUGCCCAACAAAUUUCAGAGCCCGCUGAACUGGAAUGAGUGUGCCAGAAGUCAUAGUUAGUGACAAGAAGAGAGAGGUCCUGAAAAACCACCGGUUGCUCUCUGGUUAGCUGGAGGCAAGGAUGAAAACCGUAACUUGGAAUUUUUUAGAAGUUUCUUGAACCUUCUAGUCUGCUACGCAUGAAAGGCCAAAGAUGGGAGGCGGAUUCAAAACUAGAUAGAAAAAUAUUUGACAAUUGUCGCCUGCUUCAGAGCUCUCCAAUAUAGAUUAAAAAGAUUUAUGAACACAAACCAUCCGUGGUUUCUGAACAGAAAGCACAAUGAAUUUUAUACAGAGGCGGGGUUUUUUUAUUUUUUUAAUGUUUCUAUUGCAGAGGUCUUAUCAGAUUUGAUGCACUUUUAAUAUUGGGAUAUUUUGCACAGAAGACCAUAUGGGAAUGCCCCGUGACUGUGUAAAAAAAAAAAAAAACGGAGGCUUUUAUCGAGUCACUGAUAAUCGGCCAUGGGUGAUGAGUAUGAAUCCAACAGCUGAUUCUUUCCUGAGACGCAGGUUGUGACCCGCAGUGGAAUUUGUGGCUGGGCUCUUCAGGGCCUCCUGCAUUUCAGAAGGAGAACGUGUUUGAGCUUGUGUCCCUUAAAUUCCUUUAGCGUGAGCCUGAGAUGUGACAGCGCCAUCAGCAAGCUUCUAUUCUGGAUCCUCAUCAGUCAGUGUUAGUAGCUACACCAAGUUAAGGCUUCUCCCUUUGUUUCUCGGUCUAGAUACUUCAUGGUCUGCAAGUUGAGGACAAGGGCAAUUUUCCUAAGAAAUUAGCUAAGGGAGAGGCCAGGGAGCCUGUAAGUUCAUCACUGUAAACUUUCACAUGCAGGUAGCAGCUCCUUCAGGACCACUCUGUCUGCCUAGAACAGUAGCUGGUCUUCUCUGUCUUACAGACUCAUCCAGUUUUCAGAAUUCAUCUGUCCCUGUUGUGAUGCUCAAAACUGCCCUGUGAUGUAAGGAGGGAUUAUUUUCCUCGUUUAACAGGGAAUAUAGUCUUGAAAAAGGCAGGUGACCCUGGAUCAAUGGCUAGUAAGUAGCAGAACGGGAGCCGAGCUCCCGAUCGUCACCCCUCCCAGCUCAGCCAGUCCAGUGUGUGGCCGUCCUUGGUGGCCCAGGCAUGGAUGUGUCCUUGCCCUUGAGGUUGGUCCGUAUUGUUUGAGUCAAAACUUCAUCACAUUUUGGAGUUCCCGUUGUGGCUCACUGGGUAAAGGACCUGACCUAGUCUCCAUGAGGAUUCAGGUUCAGUCCCUGGCUUGCAUAAUGGGUUAAGGAUGUGGUGUUACCACAAGCAGUGGCAUAGGUUGUAGAUGCAGCUCAGAGCCUGCAUUGCUGUGGCUGCGGUGGAGGCCGGCAGGCAGAGCUCUGAUUCAGUGCUUAGCCUGGGAAUUUCAAUUUGCUGAAGGUGCGGCAGUAAAAGGAGAAAAAAAAAUAAAAACUUCAUCACGUUUCUAAUUGACAUCUCGGUGCUCCAGCUCACAUCCUAAGAUAAAUCCCCAUCCUAUGUCCCUAUUUUUUCUGAUAAAAAUCAAAAAAUAUUUUUAGCUACAACAAGACCCAGGCCACAGGGCUCCCGAUGACACCCAUGCUGGUGUUCAAGUCUUUGAAUCUUUAUGCAGCUUUCAGAGAAUAAAUCCAAAUUAUGCGCCUCUUUCUCAGCAGCACCCAUCUGAGAUUAUAAAGUAUACUGCAGUUGCAGUUUGAGACAAAAAAUGAUGUUUUUAGCAUGUAGAGCCGUCCUCCUGGCUAAGUCUCUUAUGACUUUCAUGUGCCAAUGUCACUUCCUUAAAGGAUCUAUGCGUUUAUUGUAGCUAGGAAACUAUGUAUCUAUAUAUCUAUAGAUAUAUAGAGGUAUACACGGUAGGUGAAGAAUUGUCUUUUUUAACUAAAUAUUUUUCCAUCUCAAGUUUAAAGAAUUGCUUGAUUAAUUAGGCCUUCAUUUUAAAAUAAUGCUUUCAUCACUGCACAGAAUUACUUCCUUUGUCUUAUUCCUGAAGCUAAUUAGCAUGGAGUAAUUACUCUGCUAUGAAUAUAGGCAAUUAAAAAAAAAUAAACUUAGCUCUUCGAAUAGGGGGGCAGAAAAAUGAACCAUGGGACUCAGAAAGUGUCUCUAGAAGCUGAAGUAGGUGCUAUCUGUCCGAUUCUGGCUUGGAAUUUGCCCUUGCCAGCCCUAGAAAGAUCAGGGUGGAAGGUGUGCCAUGUCUUGAGAAUGUGGCCCUGGAGGAAGGUUCUGGAUCAGCUGCAGGGAGAGGCUAAUGUUAAGGGCAGGUCACAGUCGUCCCACCCCAUCCUUCCUGUAACGCACGGUCUGCUGGCCGCUGUUCGAGCACCGACCUUGUGAGUUCAUGACCUGCUCCCCUCGCUCCCCGCCACCCCUCCUGUUAGCACUGUUUCUUGCUUCGCCCUGUCAAUCCCCUGCCUUGCAGACCCAAGCAGCUGAAAAGGCCUGACCCUCCCGGAGCCAGCUUCAACUAGGUGGGCACGCCCAUCGCUCUAGGGCCGUCCUGCAGACCCCGACCAAAGACCCCCUCCUCGGCUACCCAUGGUCUAGGUCCCAAAGAGAGAAACUGCCUGCUCUUCCCUCCUGGGGGAUUUGGGAGCCUGGCAGCAUUAGCAGGAGCCCGCCCUCAGGGAACACUGGACUCUGCAAACAGGCUGGGACCCCGAGAAGGGUGUGAGCGGCCUCCUGGCCUGACCCCCCCUGAGUCCUCAGGCCCCUCCCUCCCCUUAAGCUGGGGGUGGACAGAGGUGAGGUAGACAGUUGCUGUCCUCCUUCCCAGGUGUGAAAUGGGCUGCAAGGUCAAGGUCUAGAACAGGGCAAGGGAGAGACCCAGAGCCUCCAGCAGGGGCCGGCGCUGCUCGUUGAGCCCGUGGUCUUCCUGUCCAGCCUGACACCCAGUGGCCCUUUGGGCCAGGUGAGCCUCUCCUCUCUCACCCCCACCUCUUCUUCCCUCACAGGCCAGGUCCCCCCUAAUGCCCUCUGAACACUGUUUCUUUGUGAGUCUUCCUGCCCUUUGGGGCAGCCAGCAGGUGCAUCCAGGGCCCCUGGGGUGGGCCACCUCUUGGCAACUUCAUGUUGCCAAGUCAUUCUCAUAGGAACUUCCAGAAAUUUUUGAAAACGCUCUCGGGGCAGUGCUUGGGCAGCAGGAACUGCAUCACCCUCCAUCCAUGCCUGGACCCAACGUGCUGCUUCUGGCCCCUGCCCUCCCCAUGUGGAUUCUCCCAGAGCGCCCAGGGCACCCCACCAGCUGUGAGCCCUACGCUCUGCAACUGGUCAUGCGAGCCCUCUCCAGGCCUUCUGGAAGCAUACCGAAAGGGCCUCUCCAGCCUGGGUAAAUCUCCCCCACUGUCUCAGCCAUGGCCGUGGUAGAACAAGAGGGUCUUUGCCUGGGCCCAUCCCACAAGGCGAAGGACGGGGGUGGGACACAGGCUUUGUUACCUGUCUCGUGGGAGGCCCCUUUGCCUUGUCACAGAGAACCCUUCCCCAAAGGGCAGUCAUGAGGGUGCAGGUUUUUACAAGACGUUGCGCUGGCUUCUUAGUAGGGAAAACUAGAUUGGGCGCUAGUGCUUAACCUCGGGCUUAGUAGCCAAUGGUCAGUAUCCAAAGUCACCUGCUGCCCAACCUCAAGGAAGUGGUACCUACCGGAAAUCGGGAGGAGAGGUGCUUUUCUCCCAUCCUGCCCCCCCAGGAGGAGUUCUUUCCAUCCCAACAGGGCAGCCAAUUAUUUUAUGGGGAUUUUUUUAAAUAGUCUAACUGGUCAAUCACAAAGGGCUGCCUGAUUCCAUUGGUUUCUGCUAAACCCUCACAUGCUGCUGGGGGCCGGGCUCAGUAUCAUCUUCUACCCCCAUGUCUCUAAGGCCUUCCGUCGCCUCCUGUGGGGUCAGUGUCCAUUCACCAGGGUCUAGUAUCGUCCACACACUUCAUCACAGGAGCCAAGUACGUUCCCUCUUCUGGUCUGAAAAACCCUUGCUGCCUGAACACUGGGAUACAGAACCGGGGCCACAGGAAGUGGCUCUGACAGAAACACCCCCUGUAGCCAUCUGAGCAAGCCCAUAAGUCCUUGCUUAUGUGGCCUUUCCACCUGUUAGAUUUAUGGGUCUGGGAUGGGCUGUCUCUUGGUUAAAAGCCCUCUGACCCAUAUGGGCUUCCCCACCCCUAACCUCAUCGUUGCCAGAAUUCAAACAGUUGCCUUUUAUGCAACACGUUGGUUGGGGCUUUUCCGCAGCCGAAGCCAACAAAGCCCUUGAUCCUGGACAGACUAUGUACCUCCCACCCUACUGCUGGAAAACAAGGUUUUUUUUUUAACGAUCGGAAGUAUGUGCAGCUCUUGGUUUCAGGUCGCGUGGUUUGGUGUGACCAGCCUUUGUGUAUAAAUGAGAGUCCCAGUCAACAGAGCCCUCCCUGCUCCCGCUCCAGAAUUUCCAAGGAGGGACUUCCCAAGUAUUCAGACGGACACACAGCGCCCUUUCAAUGGAAAGAGCCAGGCCUUUCCUCUCACUGAAAAUGGCUGGGAUGGGAGCCAGGCAGCCCUGUUUUUCUAAAUCGGAUGUUCUGGUGGGUUUUCCCUGGCCACUGGGACAUUCCUGCCCUCACCUCCAGAGGGGCCCUUCUGAGCUGUCCAAACACAACCUGGCACUUCCUCCACUUGGCUUGGACCAGGGAUAGCUGGGGACCCAGUGGCCAGAGUCAUGGCUGGGCCUCUGUGGCCCGCUCUUGGGGAGUCUCCUCCAAGGGCUGCUAGUCUGGGAGGCUGAGUGUCCAGGUCAGAGCACAAGCCCCCCUGGUUGGGUCCCCCCUGUAUGUGUCUCCCAUCCAGCCUGCUAGCCCAGAGCAGUCGCUGGGUAUCUGAACACAAAGAGAGCCUUGAUCACCUAGAGAGGAAAGAGGGCUGCCAGCAAAGAUGGAGCCCAGCCGUGCGCAGACACGGGCACUGCCAAGGAAAGAGCCGAGCAGACUGGGCACACUGGGCACAGUUUCCUCGGGACCAUGCGAUCUUCCUGGGGCCCAGCCAUGACCUACAAAGAGCAGGUAGAUAGAACCAGAGCACUCUCAUGCUCAGAAAACCUCCGUAGAAUCAACCAGAACCAAAAACCUCUGGGCUGGUUACAUGUCACUGGAGUCCCGUGAGAUAAUUCUGGCACGUGGGCUGAAUGCUGCCAUCUUUGUUCAUCUUCUCGAAUGGGCAAAGCAGGAGCAAUGAAUUGAAAAGUUGUAAAUAAUAAAUAUAUUUAUCCCGCUAUUUAUUUUUUCAAUAACUGUGACCUCCUGCACUGUGAAUGCUCUGUGAUAUGAGAUUCUUAGUUUCAUAAAACUGUCAUUAAAUUUGAAUGACUUGAUCUUAUUGGUUACGAAACACUGGCAUGAGUUUUAUUCUUAUUGUGAAGAAAAAUCUAGAAUAAAUAUGAACUAAAUCUUUAUAAGCAAUCUAGCAGUCAGUAUUGUCAUGCAAUAUAUGAAAAUCUGUACACUGUCAAUAAAAUAAAUGAACACCAGUUGUCUUUCCCUGAAGAGAGCUUCCAGUCAUGUUUUAAGAGACAUGGACAUAUUUGUAUUUUUUUUUGAAAGAAAUCUUUACACUGGAAUAACAGCCAUUGAUUGAAGCCAUUUCUAUUUGCAUAUUGAGAAAAAAAUAAACUUCAAAAAGGAUGAGGGUUGGAGCUUUUUAAUUAUAAUGAUUGGUAAUGAAUAAAACAAAGCAGAAAUCUCA